AUGGACUACAGGAGAGCAACUUUAUUAAUUGUGUUUUUCUUUGAACUUCAGUCUGUGAUGAGCUGCGUGUUGCCCAGUACCUGGCUUGAUAAAGGUAUUCUUGCUACCUCAGACAAAACGGCUGCACACAUAGAAGUAGCAACCAGGGUCGUUACUCAGACUAUCUGGGAGACAUUGGGCCCAAAACAUACCAAAAGUACUGAUGCAGCUGAUCCAACUACGCGUGAUCUAUCAUCUUCCAUCUUAGGUGGAAACCACAACACAGCUCGUCCAGAGGAUGCUGCUGCGGAGAAGUCUGUUGGAGCUAUAAUAUCGGUAACAAAGAAUAAAAUUCUUUCGCCGACACAAGCCUCUAUGUCUAAUUCCCACGUUUCAAGACUGAGAGUCAGUGAUGAAUUUGGAACAGUUGUCCAAGCCGAUCAAACCUCAAUUAAUCCUCUAUCUUCGACACCAGAGCGUCAUCUGCCGGCAUCGGCCCUAAUGACCUCAUCUACUCCCUUAAAUAUUAGCCCAAAUACCGAAGCCGAUGCCGUUUUUACGGAUGCCAAUGCCACAGUUCAGCUGUUCAUUGUCGACGUGGGAGCCGCGCCUCUUCACAAUAACUACGACAAAAAUAGAUUACUCUUCCAGCCCCAGGCGCUCCAGGUCCUAGAGGGUGACACCGUCCUGUUUCGUUUACAUGGCCCAUAUAUUCUCUAUCAAUCGGACCACGAAGACCCCUGCCACCUGCCACGCCUGAGCCUAAACUCUGUGCCGAAUAAUGACACAAUUACAUCAUACCGUUUUACAGUUCAAUCUUCAGAGUCUAUUUGGUUUUCGGCCAGCCCAGUCGAUAGGCCGUUUGCUUGCAACAAUGAGACAACAUUUGCUAUAAACCCCGGCCCCAUGUAA